AUGGCGCGCCCCAAGCAGUCGCCUCGCCACGCCGCGCAGUACGUUGAACUCCCACCGCGAGGACCAGUGGAGGCGCUUGUAUACUGGCGCAACGCAGCGCGAUCGGGUGCAGCGCUGGGCGCGGGAUUAGUCCUGCUAAUAGCAUUGGCCUGCUGCUCCGUGGUGUCCGUGUUUGCCUACUGCUCACUGCUGGCACUUUCCGCCGCUGUCGCUUUUCGUAUCUACAAAAAUGUUCUUCAGGCCGUUCAGAAGACCAAUGAAGGACACCCCUUCAAAUGGCUCCUGGAACGGGACGUGAGCGUGAGUGCGGAGCGGGCACAGGCGCUGGCCGCCUCCGCUACGGCACACCUUAACGCCGCCCUGCAUGAGCUUCGCAGGUUGUUCCUGGUAGAAGAUCUGGUGGACUCUCUGAAGUUUGGAGUUCUGCUGUGGUGCCUCACAUACCUCGGGGCAUGCUUUAACGGCAUCACGCUCGUCAUACUCGGCUGGAUAGCGCUUUUCACGCUGCCUAAAGCUUACGAGAUGAACAAGGCGCAAGUUGACGCCAAUCUGGAAUUAGCGCGCGCAAAGAUCAACGAGAUAACCGCUAAGGUCCGCGCGGCUGUGCCCUUGGGCAGGAAGACAGAGAGUGACAAGGAAAAGUAG